CGGUGAUCUCUGGAUCUUUUUCCAUUCCCAAAACUUUACUUCCUGCGGGCUGACUCCAAUAAUCACAGUUCUUGCUUCUCUUCUCCAAUCCUUCUCGAUCUCUGCCUUCCCUCAUCCAGAUCCUCUUUAUCCCCUGGCGCCCGCCUCCCACGGUCCAAUCGACGAUCGCCAUCUCUGUUACCCUCGCCCUGGCCUUUGCCCGAUCCUAUUUCUUUCCUAGCUGCAGGGCGAUCCCUCCAAGGACAUAACAUACUGUACAGUCUCCCCAUGCCCGCUUAGGCAUGUUGUGGUCCCCGUCCUGGCUCUUGUCGCAUUCCGCGAGCAUGCAAUAUAUCCAAGGAUUUGCCUCCCGCGCCCGUCCCUUACGAUAAAUCAGGCGGGAAGGUACAUACGAAUAGACGGCGCCAAAACCCAAAAAAAAAGCCCUCGUCCUAGACCCUUUGGGCCAUCUUCCUUGCGCUGGCUUGCCACACGCGUCCUCUUCCUCAGCCACUGUCACCUCAAAUGUUGCCUUGCACACGCCACUCCCCCUUGCCAAAGGACCAGAAGCUGGUGAGAGAUAGGUGGAGGUGAUGGAAGGUGAUUUCUAUUCUCCAGAUGAGCCAGAUGAUGUGAAGAACAAUCCCUCCAUGGCUUCCGGCCUCCUCCUCUCCCGCGUCACCAGUGCGCCUGAACCCGGCCGUCGAGUCGCAGAUGGUCCCUUCUUGCCAUCAUUGCAUCAGACACCGCGAAAACGCGACUUGCCCAUGGAACAGUCUCACCGGCGAGGUCCUGCCGACCGAUCAUCUCCUCCUGCUAGAUACUUCUGGUCCCCAGGGAGCAUCAGUCCGCGGACGGAGCUAGAAGAGCCUCCGGACAAGCGGCCGCGAUUGGAUGAUAUACCAGAAAAGUCAGAAACAGGAGAAGAAAUGUCUAAGAGGAGGAUGUACCAUCAGACCAGCUCGUAUGUUUACCCGGGAGAGCAUCGCCCUCCCGGCCCCCCUCCAGAGGACAUUUCUCAUCAUCGAUCGUGGCGCGGAUCCUGCGGCAAUUGUUCAGAUACAGAGUCGCUGGUGCUGGAUCUCGUGCAUGGGUUCUUGGAGCUUCAGUCAGAGGUCACUCGAGCUCUGGCCAUUUCCACAGGGCGAAAGAGCCCUUUCGAGUCUAUCGGAGUCGAAGUGACUAAGCUAGGCCUCAAACAGUCUCUUACAUGGACCCUCAAUGAAGUUCGGAAUACAAGUCGCCUCAUACAGUCACAUGCGGCCACGUCGAAACCGGGGUUACCACCCCUGGCUGAUGUUGUCCCGCCCCCAUUCGUAAACGACAUACGUCGUUUAUCCAUCCAUGGGCAAUCCUCGGCGGCUCCCACAUCUAUAAAUGACCCCCGCAAGGCAUCACUCCCACCAGAUACUCCUCGGAGUGAUGAUUACCAACGUCGUCCACUUGAGCACCCAGCUGUCCAGAUGCCUCGGCCGUUCGAGCAAGGUCUUCCUCCGAUUCUCCAAGGGGAGGAGUUGAAACGAAACCCACCCUACGACCAGGCGGCUUCGGGCUCGGGGCAGUCGCCACACGCCUCGUCGUCCAGUUCAGUUUUUGGCUCUGCCCAGUCACCCAUGCAGUCUCAACCAUCCAGCCGGACGCUGCCAUCACCACCCGCAAUCCAGUUUCCGCGGACAGGGAGUUCGGAAUAUGUACAAUACUCUCCCACAACAACUCAGGCAGCCCACAAUGCUCAUCUCCAAGACCUGCAACAUCAGAUUUCGACCAAGACACUCGCGCUUCAGACUCUACAGCGGGAACACGACCAGUUGUUGGCCGCGUUUUCAAGGUCUCAGAUUCGGUGCACCGCUUUGGACAAAAAGUCGCAGGUGUCCGAUCACGAGAUCAACACCUUGACCGAGGACAAAAUCCGACUACAGCAACAGUUGGAGGUAUUGGAGACCCAAGUCCAAGAACUGGUCAAAUCACGUGACGAAGUUCAUCAGCAAUCAUCGGCAGACGGCGCACAGUGGAGACAAAUCGUGGCCAUGUCGUCGCAACUGCAACUCAAAGGGGCUGACGAAGCGCGACGGUUCAAGUUGGAGCGAGAGGGGUGGGAGAGGGAACGGGCAGCGCUGCAGAAACGAAUUGAAGAUCUCGAGUCUGGUAAGGAAAAGCUUCCCGAGACGAGGCCGGUUUCUGGUUCCACGACCCCCGUGGCAAACGAUCCCAUUCUGACUUCGGGCUCUGUUGAGGUUCUUAGAGAAGAGAUUAUCAGGCUUCGGCGCCGGUGUGUCGAAUUGGAACUAAUGCUUCAAGAGCUGGCGGGAGAGGCUGAGCAGAUCGAAAGUGCAAUUACCGCAAUGGAGAACGUUCGAAAAUCACUUACAAGCAAAAAACGCCGCACAGACGAUAGCUAGGGGAGGCAAACCGAGCCCCAAUCGAAAUAGUCAUCAAUACAGGUGGGCCUGUGGUUUUAUGCAGUGGGCAAAGUUUGGCAUAUUCUCCCUGCUGGCCCACCAACCAAUGCCGAGCCUCAAAUGGUUAUCAUGAUCCUCUCGAUCCACCGCUAGCGGAAGAGAUGCCUCUAUGGCUCCUGGAGUACAAGGGAACCAUCGGUUUUCCUUGGCGAGUCGUCGCGUUCGCCAUCUCUCAGUUUUCCCAGAAACAGGGUUGAGGACCCGAGGUGCAUACACAACGAUCUCAGGGAAGCGAGGCUGGAAUCCCUUAUUCCGUCGAGAUACGCCUUCCGGAGACGGAAGAGACAGUUUCUUGCAAGUUGCCACGAGACAUUUUCCGGAACCAGGGAACACGAUAUCGGGCCAGACUAUGGGACUGGGUGGCCAUAAGGCAAGCAGCAACUGCCCGAAGGGGGAGGAGGAUAUCAAGGGCAUCGUGGAAAGAGGGCUAGAUAAACGGCCAGCCAAUAUUACGUGGGACGUGCAACUCUGUGCAAUUACCGGUAUGCCACUUUUGGCUGGUAAUGGGGGUAUACCCGGGGGCGUUAAAAAAGAACGAGAGGCAAAUCUGUACUAUCAGCAUGAAAGGGCGGAAACCGGUUUAGCACGGCGGUCCCAUCGUUUGACGGAGCAGACAGUAAGGGGCUUCCUUGUUGGAUAAAGCAAGCAGGAUUGAUGAAAUCUCAAAUGCCUUGCAUCAAGCCUUGACUGGUGAUUGGAAGGGGAUUUCACAGGCGGCGGAGUCUCGAACCUUUGGACUAAGUUGCAUCUACGAGGUCCAUGGGCAAGGAUAGCCGGACAGAGAUGAUGCCGGGUGUGACAGAGCAGAGCCAUCAUCUGAGCUGAAUGACAAAGAACUAGGCAGGCAGGAGGCAAUGGUGCCGCCAGUUCCAUCCCAGCCAUGAGCGGGAAUGAAGCCAUGGCUAUUAUUAUGCUGCUAUGCUGUGCUAUGCUAAUGCUUGGUGACUGCGGGGAUUGACACUAGC